UUUUGUAUGAAAUCAGAGAAGCGAGAAACCUAAGAAAAACAAAUCAAAGUAUUAACUACAAGAAUCAACAAACAGUGUCGUCGUUGUCCAGUGAGCUGGUUCGUUUUGGAAAAGCCAGUGAAGAUAAUCGAUAUUAACGCUUAUUGGUCAGCAAACGUGACGUGUUUAGUUUGACGAAUUAAAUCGAACGAAUCGCUUGAUUAAUCGUCGCGCUGCAGUCAAAGACAGUAAACUAAUAAACAGUCAACAAAACAGAGUAACAUUUAAAUAAACAAAUCACUCACUUGCAAAUAGUGUUUGUUGAAAAAAUUUCGUGCAAAACCAAAGUACAAAAACAAAAUAAAUUAAAAAAAUAAAAUAAAAAUUAGAAAACAGUUUCGCGCUUGCUUUCUUUUGGACAAUUUUCACGCUCGAGGUGGUGAGCGUUUUUAUGUUGGAUACCUCACGUAGCUCAUAGAGAGAAAAAAUGACAGUCUCGACGCUGAAUAUGACACCGUAUUUUGCUGGAUAUCCCUUCCAAGGACAAGGUCGCGUCAAUCAACUCGGCGGCGUCUUCAUCAACGGUCGCCCGCUGCCUAAUCAUAUUCGCCGGCAGAUCGUCGAAAUGGCCGCCGCCGGCGUACGUCCUUGCGUUAUUUCACGUCAGCUGCGCGUUUCGCACGGCUGCGUCUCAAAGAUAUUGAAUCGCUACCAGGAAACUGGCUCCAUAAGACCCGGUGUUAUUGGCGGUAGCAAACCGCGUGUUGCCACACCCGACAUCGAGUCCAAAAUUGAGGAAAUGAAAAAUACUAAUCCGGGCAUUUUUAGCUGGGAAAUACGCGCCAAACUCAUUGAGUCCGGCAUUUGCGAUAAGAAUACUGCACCCUCGGUCAGCUCGAUUAGCCGUUUGUUGCGUGGUGGCAGCGGUGGUGCACGCUCGGAUUCGGGCAGCUCGGCGCACUCCAUUGAUGGCAUACUCGGCGCUGGCGGUCUCUCUAAUGGCUCUGGCGAUGAUAGUGACGAUGAUGCUGAGCCGGGCGUACAAUUGAAACGUAAGCAGCGCCGCUCACGCACCACCUUUUCAAAUGAUCAAAUUGAUGCGUUGGAGCGCAUAUUCGCGCGCACCCAAUACCCAGAUGUUUACACACGUGAGGAUCUGGCGCAGAGCACCGGCUUGACGGAGGCACGCGUGCAGGUGUGGUUCUCGAAUAGGCGCGCACGUUUGCGCAAACAGUUGAAUACCACACAGCAGGUGUCGAGCUUUGCUGCUGGCCCCUCGGCUGGUUUUGCCUCCCAAUAUCAUUCACAUACUCAUCAUCAUCACCACCCAAGCGCCGCGGCCGCCGCUGCUGCUGCUGCAGCUGCACACUCCAUGUCCGCCUCGGCUGCCGCUCUAUCACAUAAUCAUCCACAUCAAAUGGGCUUGUAUGGGCAGGCUUGGAAUACUUUUGGCACUGGCGUUACACAAGUUGGCGCCGCCGCCUCUAAUAUGUUCGAACAGCAUCAGGAUUUCGCUCACUCAAGCGGUUCGGUGGCUUCCAUGUCACCAACAAGCAGCACCAGUUCGGCUUCGCUGAGUCCAGCACAUCAGACUGGCAUAACUGGCACAAUCAGUAGCAGCAGCAGCAGCAACAACAACGAUGCUGGUGGUAAUAACUUCAGUAACACGUCCGCCUAUGGCAUAACAUCGACAGCAGCAGCAACAAGCACAGCUGCGGCUACGACUGCUCAUAACAGCUCUUCAGCCAUAACCGCCACCACCACCCCAUCUACUUAUGCCACAUCUUCGUCGGCGGCUUAUGGUUUGGGCACGAGUAAUAGCUUCUCAACUGCCUCCUCUGCUGAACAGCUGCGCUCACAAUUCGCUUCGGCAGCGGCUUCGGGUUCGCAUCAUCCAGCCAUGUCGUCUUGGGAUUCCUACAACUUCCCCGGCUCAUUCUUCUCGUCUGGUGCCAAUCACAUGGGUGGCUACACGCAGGGUAUGAACGAGCACAAGUCGGCGGCGGCUUAUUCUUAUUUCGGAUUCUAAGUUGGGUUCGAGUAAAUGACAAAUUUCCAGUUAACAUCCGAAGGAAGGGCUUAGCCACUGUCUUGGUAGAAAUUAUAUUACAAGACUGUAAAAUUUGUAAAUUUUCUUGCACUCGUAUAAAAAAUUAUUUAAUUUAAAAGUAAGAAUAGAAUAAAUUUACCUGUGACUACUUACGUUUAGGUGGUGAAUAUUUUUAGGUUAAGUUCUGAGUAACUUCGAGAAAUUUGUAAAUCCUUGUUCUUGUAGAGUUCAAGACUGAGUACCAUUUUUGUUACGAUUUACUUUAAGUGCAUUGUAAUUUUUGUUUUUUAA